AAAAUUUUGCUUGAAAAUUAUGUAGUGUGAGUGCGUGACCAUAGAAUUUCUUUUACUUGAGUUUUCUCUCUUAACUUGCACACCCAAAACACAAAUAAAAUGUUCUUCCUCCAAACUCCUUACUCUCAUUCGCAAAUUCAACCAUCGAACAUUAUCAUACCUAACCGUUUUCCUAACAGAAACGGUUACAUAAAGUUCCGAACAACCUACCGUGAGAAUCUCCGUUACCUAAAAACCCUAACUAUAAUCAACCCCAACACCAAACCCAACAACCUCCCUCUCCCCGACGCCGUCGACCACAUCCUCGCCACCGUCACUUUCCUCAAAUCUCAUUCCUUCUCCGACGCCGAUAUCCCCCGCCUCGUCCACCACUCUCCCCACCUCUUCACAACCUCCAUAAACCCCGCAGAUAUCUCCCCCGUCUUCCACUUCCUCUCCGACGACCUCCUCGCCACCGCCGAAGACUCCCGCGGCCUCAUCCUCCGCUGCCCCAAACUCCUCUUCACCAACGCCGACUACUUCCUCCGACCGACGCUUCAGUUCCUCCGCCACGUUGGAGUUCGUAACCUGAACCGGCCGACUAACCGGAACGCGCAUCUUUUGAACACGCGCGUGGAGAAAUUGCACCUGAGGGUGAAGUUCAUGGAGGAAGUAGUGGGGUUUUCAUACGAAGAAGCGAUUAAUGCGUGUGGGAGGUUGCCCGCAAUAUUGGGAUACGAUGUGGAGAAUAAUUUAUGGCCGAAAUUUGUGUAUUUGGUUAAAGAAAUGGAGAGGGAAUUGGAAGAGUUGAAAAAGUUUCCUCAGUAUUUUGGGUUUAGUUUGGAGAAGAGAAUUGUGCCAAGACAUUUGCAUUUGAAGGAAAGAGGUGUUAGAAUUCCGUUGAAUAGAAUGUUGAUGUGGGGUGAUGAUAAGUUCUACACCAAGUGGAAGUGAAGUCAACUAGUAGUAUCACUCAACAAGUAGCAACCCACACAUUUGCACAAUAAUUUAUGUAAUUACAUAAUAACCCUUUCACACUUUUGUUAAUUUGUUAUGUUUUUUAGUUACUCGUAACUUAAUGAUUAUGUAAUAUUUAAUAUAGAUAAUUGAGUUUUUCCUUACUAACCUUAUUUAGGUGCAUGGAAUUUGGAUUUGAAUUGUAUGCAUACACAACUAUAUUCAGUCCAUUUUAUUUUGUAAGGGAUAAA